AGUCGAACUAUUACUGCACGGGUGCUGUAGGCCUUCAUACCAGCCGUCAAUUUCCAUCUGACCGCCUGCAUUUUACCUACUUAAUUCUGUUAAUAAAAAAAGCUUUUAUGCAUUCAGAUAAUUGCUUCCGUUCACACUGCACACCACGCACUAACUAGACUGAUGAGGCAGGAGCGAGCAGAAGACCUCACCGCCGGCGAGGGUUCGUAUAUCCGGACAAGCGCACUCCCUCAUCGAGCGACGGUCCGGCAGAUGGCCCUCCAUGCCCGCCUGCUGCGCCGCGGCUGCGUCCCCGGCUUUCUCAGGAUCUGCCGCAAGGCGCCGUUCCCUGGGCUCGCCGGCCGACGCCGUCGACGGCAGGUAUGUGGGAGCACUCCGCCUUCCUCAGGCCGCGCCGCCCGACGCCCUCCACCUCGAUGGAAGCUGCCCGCUUCCUCCAGCCUCUCGCAGAUGGAGAUCUGCCGGCCCCGCGCCGCCACCGCCCAGGAAGGAGCUAUUCCUCCGCCUCUCCGGCGCGUGGGAGUCCGCCGUGCAGGCGCUUCUCGAGCUCGGGAGAGGCACCGAUCAAUACUGUCCAACCAAGUCUGUGUAUCCACAUUGAUUCUUAUGGCAGUGAAAGCUUCUUCAAAGUCUUCCUCUUCCUCGUACUUGUACAUGCAAGCACUGAAAUCAGCAAGUACAUUUGGGCCAUCCUCGUCUUUUUUCUUAUGAGGAGAAGGAAGGCAAAAGGGAGAUCAUCUACAUUAAUCUCCUGUCAAGUAUUGGAAAUCCCAAGUAUUUCAUGAGCAAAGCACCUAUGGUACAACUUGCAUGAGAAGGAUGGUAAAAGUGAGUUCAAAAGGGAGAUCAUCCACACCACUUGCAGAUCAGCGGGAGAAGAACAAUCAAUAGAGAGAUAGGGCAAAAGGGAGAUCUUUAUGCCACAUAAACUUGCAGAUCAGCGUGAGGAGGACAGAUAUAGGGCAAAAGAGGAUCUCUAUGCCGCCCAUAGAUCAACAUAUACCUUGGUCACGUUCUGGCUACAAGAAGGAUGAUCAAGGAGGACUGGGGAAGACCGGCGGGACGAAGGCAUGGAGAUCGCUGUUUGGCGCCAAUGUGCGUUCUGUUUGGCGCCAAGCAGCCGUAGGAGAUAUUUCACCGGACAAAUUGGGGUGUUUGUUUUCAUUCUUUAAAAGAAUUAAGUGGGGAAAUUAGAGCAGUCAGAUUGGAAUUGACGGCUGAUGUAGAUGUCUACAGCAUCCGUGCAGUAAUAGUUGGACUGCAGAGGAGCCGAACCCCGUGGAAGAGGAGUUUCCGAGACACCGCACAACAGAUCGAGAAAUCCUGAGGCUAAAUCACGGUACAUGCGCGGGCGCGCAUGGCCAUGGCGAUGUCAACCGGCGACGGCGUCGUCCACCGCAUGCUCAGCCUCCACCGAGUCGUCAAGAGCAAUCUCGUCGCCGGUCUCCUCCGGUUCAUCCCGACUGCGCCGACGACGACGGCAGCACCGGCGGUGGAGCCGCCCGCGUGCCUGCUCGGAAACGGCAUCAAGACCGUGGUGCUCGAAGUCGACGCGCUGCUCCUCAAGUCUUCACCGCCGUCGGCCGCGACGCUGUUCCCUCCUUUCUUCCUCGUCGCCGUCGAGGCCGGCAGCUUCGCCCGAGGCCUCCUCCUGCUCGCGCUCUACCCGUUCCUGCACAUCAUGACGCACGCGAUGUGUGUAGAGGCCAUGGUCAUGGUCAGCUUCUGCGGGCUGCGGCGCGACGAGGCGGCGAGGAUCGGCAGGGCCGUGCUGCCCAAGUACUUCUCCAAGGAGGCGGCGCGCGUGGAGGCGCUGGGGGAGGCGAGGGAGGCGACGGCGAGUGAGGUGAAGGUGGCGGCGGCGAGCAGGUCGUUCCCGACGGUGAUGGUGGAGGCGUUCUUGAAGGAUUACGUGGGCUUCGACGCGGUGAUCGGCAGGGAGGUCAAGGCGGGCUACGGAUACUUCGCCGGUGUAAUGGACGACGGGAACACGUACGCGGAGAGGCUUAGGGCUGCGGUCAAGAGAGCCGAAGAGAACACUACGUACCACUACCCGAAGCCCAUGAUCUUCCACGACGGGCGGCUGGCGUUCACGCCGACACCGGCGGCCGCGCUCGCCAUGUACGUCUACUUCCCCUUCGCCGUCGUGCUCUCUGUCGUGCACAUCGCCAUCUACACCCUCCUCCCGCGGCGCCUGAUAGGCCCAGCCGCCGCGCUCGCCGGCGUGCGGGUGCGCGUCACCGGCGCCCCUCCCGCCGCCGCGAACGGCGAGAGCGGCGCCUCGGGCGGCCGGCUCUACGCGUGCAACCACCGCACGCUCCUCGACCCGAUUGCCAUCUCGAGCGCGCUGGGGAAGCCCGUGUUCGCCGUGACGUACAGCCUGAGCCCGCUGUCGGAGCUGCUCUCGCCGAUCCCGCUGCUGCGCCUCACCCGCGGCCGCGACGAGGACCGGCGCCGCAUGUCGGAGCUGCUGGAGCGGGGCGACGUGGUGGUGUGCCCGGAGGGGACGACGUGCCGCGAGCCGUACCUGCUCAGGUUCAGCCCGCUGUUCGCCGAGCUCGCCGACGAGGUGAGCCCCGUGGCGGUGGACGAGCGCUCCACCAUGUUCUACGGCACGUCGACGUCGCCGGGCGCCAAGUGCUUGGACUCGGUCUUUUUCCUGAUGAACCCACGGCCGGAGUACUCGGUCCACUUCCUGGAGCCCGUGCGCACAGACAACCCGCGUGGCAGCAUCGAGGUCGCGAACCAGGUGCAGGGCGUGCUGGCCGGCGCUCUCGGGUUCACGCCCACGGCGCUGACGAGGAAGGACAAGUACUUGCUGCUCGCUGGUAACGAGGGGGUCGUGGCGACCAAGACGAGCAAAGUCAUCUAGGAUUGUAGGGAUGCUUAGAAUAUAUACAUAGUAGAGUGUUGUUUUGCGGUACUGUACAUUGCACUGCAUAACCACAUUUUUUGUAUGCCGGAUUGAUGAACUGGGUAUGUUUGGAACGCUA